AUGGAUUUUCAAAGAAGUAUGGAGAAGCAGGUCUCAUUUAUUUUCACUGACUCCCAGAAGGACCGGUACCUGGUCUGCGAUAACGUUUCAAGAAGGGGGUACGUCGUGUCUCGAGGCAAUCAGAAAUCCGGUAGAGCCAAACGUAUGAAAGUGGAUGUUUUUAUAUCAAAAGCCAACAAACGCCAACACAGUGUCGAUGAUGAUGGUAGUGGGGCUAAAGAUGUGGAAACUCCCAGGAGGAGGUGGUUAUGUGCGAGGUUGUUUACCAGGCGUCGUUCUGACAGGCCCGACACCAAUAUCGCUAGAUUUGACAGCGUGGCCAACUUAAAUCACGUCGACAAUGCCACCGUCAGUGCCACCACCAACGACAACAGCAAUGACGGCAACGACCACAGAGUAAGUGGCUCGCGGAAGAAAUGGCGAACUAGUUUAAGAACAUUUUUCGGUAUCACUGACAUCGACGGGGAUGACAUUUACGGGUGCGAAUCCAGCAAGCAGAAAAUAAUUGUUUCGUCAAAAAUUGACGAGUCGAAGUGUAUUCUUCAGAUGGUUACAACCGUUUAAACUUCUUUUUAGCGCGUUGUAAAUAAUUUUUUAUUAAGAAAGUUAACUUUUUCAAUGUACUAAUUCAUUUUUAGUGUACUGUUUAAAUAAAUGAUUUUAAAAAUGUAAUAAAAUUGAGAAUACAAAUUUGA